UUGCAGCAAAACUUUUUUAAUUACGUUUUUUAUCCUCAACCAAUCAAAAGCCUCAUAUUUUCCGGUACGGUAAUGGCAUGGAGGAGGAGUUCAGCGCUGCAUUGGCGUUCCUGAAUGGGCUACAGCAAUACGACAACUUCGAGGCAAGCGAAUACGGUGCUGGAUAUUACUUCUUACAUGAAAGUGGCGAGUGGGCAGACCACUUCCAGUUCCUCGAAACGCUGGAUGACGACGAAUCAGCAGUUCAGGAAGCUCCUAACGCUUCUAAGAAACAAGUAAAGAAGAGGACGAAGAAAAAAGGGUUUAACCCGAACAAGGCUCGUGAGGAUCUUCGCGCUGAAGUGAGAAUACUAAAAAACGAAGUAGAGGAGCUCGAGUUUAUUCGGAAGCGGUUUCAAACCAUUCAAAGCCGACGGAAGACCAAUAACAACGCAGCUACUUCAAGCCACGGAAUGGGAGAAGCAUCAUUGUGGAAAGAGAUUUGCGCUCAUCAGAUCAAGCGGCGACUGAGAACUGAACGGGAGAAUGUUGUGCUGAGGAGGAACUGUGAGAAGGUGAUACGCGUCGUAAACAGCGUGAAAAACCUGCUCAAAACGCGACCAGCCCUGUGGCAUAUGACAAGCUCCGAAACUCGUAUUAGAACCAGACGAAUUGAAAUUCCUAACGGAUACAUGAACGACAUGGUAGCAAGGAUCUUUGACGAGCUUGCAGCUGGAGUCGAGGCUUCCUAUUGUAACGUGAAGCAAUCGAAAAGCCGCUCGGGUCUCGCAGAUUCAGCGUCACAGACACCGCUACUCACCGAUGGCGUGAAGGGCAGACCCAGAGAGGUUUUCGAUUGUAGUAUAUUACCCUUUGGUGUGGUUGAAAUCAGCGAUGCGUGGUGGGAAGACUGGCACACUUACAGUGGUCGAACCGUACAGGACACCGCAGACAUGGUUGCAGAAAGUUUUGGGUUAGAAAUUUACGAUGUGGCGGCUAACAUUUCCGCCACAUUUUACGCACAGCAGGUCUUACGCCGAUACGCGGAAGACAAUCGUGUCGUCUUCGUUUGGAACGCGUACAUUGAGCCCAUCUCAUUCAAAGGCAAGCGGGUCCGUGGCGCCUACUAUAUAGAGAAUAGUAACGCGAUCAUCAAACCUCAAGGCCGUGAACGGAACGAAACUCUUACGCAGGUAUCAUGCCAAGAAGUUGUUACCCCCCACUUUUUGGACGCGAAGUUAACAAACGACCCCAAGAUUUCCGCUUUGACAAGCGUUCUCAUGAAUUCGAUGUCUCCGUACUAUACGGAACGGACUAAAACGAUUGAAACCUUGCUACUGGACCGUGCGAUUCAAGCAAGACGCUGUAAUUUAAAAUAGUAUGACCAUUCUGGGCUCGUUUAUAAGAAGAAAAAAAUCAUGUUAGUAAAGUUAAAAUAUGCAGGGCUUCCUAUUGAGGGCUGAAUGACACUAAAUAUGAAUAAACACAACUUCGAUCUUGCAGAGCAUAACAAGCUCUAAAAGGCC